AUGCUGCUCUACUUUGACGACAACACGGACAGCGCCGUCUCGUACUCGACCGCGUGGACGACCUACGUGCGCGACACGGGUGCGAUCAACGCAACGAGCUGGUUCGGCGGCACGUUCCACUCGUGCUCGGCGUCGUCCGAGACGUCGCUCGCCGCAGGUUGCAACGCGACGAUCACGUUCACGGGCACCAAGCUCUGGGUCGUGGGCGACUGGAACCCUCGACAAGGCCGCUUCUACUGCGCCCUGCUCGACGAGGAGCAGCCCUGGCGGUGGUACAGCGGCUCGACGCUCGGCAGCCCCGUCGGCGCACAGUCCGCCGGCCUGAACCACACGCGAUGCGCGCUGUCGGGCCUCGAGAACAAGCAGCACACGGUCUUGUUCGGGCAGACGCAGGAGGACGUCGUCGGGAAUGGCGUCACGCUCGACUACUACGUCGUCGAGAACGCGACCGACAACGCCGUCUCGGCCUUGACCUGGUCGAGCGACUUCUCGACAGCCGAACCGGCAGCAGAUUGGGGAUGGUCCUUGGUCGAGCCCGGCACUGCCGCUGCCACGGCCUCGGCCGUCUCGUCCUUCACUUCUUCUCCUGCCUCGUCGACCUCGACGUCUUCUUCAUCCUCGGGCUCGAACACGACCGCCAUCGGGGCCGGUGUCGGCGUCGGCGUCGGCCUCGCCGUCCUGUUUGCGCUCGCCGCGCUCUUGUGGAUCAUCCGCCAGCGCAAACGCCAGAGCGAGGCGAGGUCGGUCGUCACUGAGCCGCAUCACGAGCUCAAGGCGAGGUCGAUGCGCUCGUUCGACGGCGGGACCGUGCCCUACGCGCCGACCGGUGCCUCUCCCGCCGACUACCGC